AUGGAUACGCGCCUGAGUCUACUCAUUGCGCUGCUGCUGACAGCAAUCUACGCUCAGCGAACCACUUGGGCGUUGGAACUGAACAGCAACUCCAACUCCAACUCCAAUUCGACUGGCAGUGGAGAGAGCGGACUACUGCGUACCGUACGUCAUGUGUAUGUCCAAUGUGCGGACAGCGAUGAUAUUUUUUGGUGCUGCAAGCUGCACGGCGCUCGCCUCCUUGGACGGGCUCUCAAAGUGCAGCAGCUCAGCAUUGUGGAUGGCGUUAAUUUGGUGAGACGUCCGAGUGCCAGUGGCAGUGAAGACUCCCGUAAUGGACGCGCUAGCAUCGCUGAAAGUCAGCUGAACAAUCGUGAUCUGGAGCACAUGUCAAGCAAAAGUUUGGAUGCCCUGCUCAUGGAACGUUUUCUCAACUUUCUGCACAGCCAUCAGCUGCAGGUGAAUCUGCCACGUCUAUUGCGCUAUGGCGAGCGUAAUAGCCAGGAUUAUCUGCAGUCGCUGCUGGGUUACUUUAUGCCCGGCGAGGGGGCCGCAGACAGCGAGGGUCGCAAGAAGAAGGACGAUAAGAAGUAUCUGGGACCAUUCAUUGCUGCCGUUCUACUCAAGACUGCCAUAUUAAAGAUGGCCUAUCAUUCGAUUGCCAUUGUGGCGGGCAAGGCGCUGAUUGUGGGUAAAAUAGCGCUGAUCAUUAGUGCGAUCAUUGGGCUGAAGAAGCUGGUCAGUCACGAUGGCGGCGAGAAGACAACCUAUGAGAUUGUGAAGCAUCCGCAGGUGCAGCAAAGUCACACCUACUCAUCCAGCCAUCAGGGUGAAUACGAUAGUGGUGGCCACGAUGGCGGCUCCUAUCAUCGCAGCAUGGACGACGAAAUGAUGAUGCAGGAUAAGGCAUAUCACGCCUGGUUGCCCCAAGCAGGAGGAGCUGCCUCUGCCGCCUCGAUUGGCGCUGCUGCCGCCAAGGUCACACGAUAA